AUGAGGAUUCUUGCAAAAGAUGAGCUUGUUGCAGCUUUAGAGAAGUGUGCUGAAAUUCUUAAAUCUGCCAAAACCAAAAGAAUGCAGCAUGUUCUGGAACAAGUGGAAGAUUUUAUUGGCAGAUUAGAAGCGCUGGAGGGUGUCACUUCAGAAGAUCCCACUGGGGAUGGUGUCGUCUUGGAGAAGAACAGAAAAACAGAUCUCUUUCAGCUUCAAAAGACGCUGCUCGGAAAAGAGUCCCGAAGGACCAAGAGAAUGAAUCCAUAUGAAGUGCUUCGAAGCCAAGUGAUCGAGUUUAUCGACAGCCUUGUGAGAGAAUACCUGACUCCAGCAGAUCUCCAGCCACUCAGUGAAGUGUGCUACUACAGUUCCUCAGGGGUCCUGCGACAGCGACUCAAUGUCGCCCCUCGCACAUCCAUUCAGACGGCUCUCAGUCAUCCUUUCCACUACCUGCAGAAUGAAAGCCUGAAAACGAAUGCUGGCACAAUCUCCAGUGCUGCUCCAGACCUCUGCAUCGUGUACAAGCUUCAUCUCGAGUGUGGAAGACUCAUAAAUCUAUAUGACUGGCUUGAGGCAUUUGUAACUGUGAUGUCAGCUGCUGAGGACAAAGAUGCUGAUUCGGAGGAGAAUGGCAAAUUUGACAGCCUGAAGCAUGCUCGUUUCAUUCAGGCUGUUUCUGAGAUGGAAUUUCUUGGCUUUGUUAAAUCAACAAAACAGAAAACUGAUCAUGUGGCCAGACUGACUUGGGGAGGAUGUUAAAGAAACCAUUUACAAAGCACCGUGGCGUUUCCUGAACACAAGAGUUUGGCCUGACAUUCAGAAAUAAUGUGUAUGCUUUUUGCACUACAACUGUAUUUUGUCAGCUGUAUUACAUGUUAUGUUUUUUUUUUUUUUUACAUUUGUUACCGUUUGUUAAUUUACAAUUGGAAUAAAAAAAAUACUGUUUUAAUGUGUCAAAUAUUUGAAUUAAUUGGAUCUGUAAAGUUUUAAUUUGAUCAAACUAUAUGAGAUAAUAAACAUGAAAAUGAAUUUGAAA